AUGCGUCUCCAAUGCAUAUUUGUAGUCAUGGUUGCUAUCCUCGCCAUGAGUGUAAAUGCCUCUUUUACUGCGUCCCAGGGGAUAAACUCCAACGUCCAGAUGGAUCAAGCGCUCACAGACAGCCUGAGUGUCGUGGGAACGAAACGAAAGCUGAGGGCCGCGAAGGCGAUCGAUGGCGACGAUGAUAACGAAGAACGGGCGGGACCGUCGAACAUUUUAAGGAGUUUGCCAAUCUGCUGA